AUUACUGUUGAUUCUCCUGUUACUACUCCUACUACUCCUACUAUUACUACUACUAUUACUGUUGAUUCUCCUGUUACUACUACUACUCCUACUACUAUUACUGUUGAUUCUCCUGUUACUACUACGACUACAAAUUCCGCAGAUUGCCGUUGUGGCGUUGAGAAUGGAGUUCGUAUCGUUGGGGGUUUUGAGGUGUCUCCCAAAAAUAAAUACCCGUGGAUGGUAGGUCUGAGAAUUACUGGUGAUAUAGUUUACGGAUGUGGAGGAAGCAUUAUAACUGACCGACACGUCCUCACCGCCGCCCACUGCUUUUUCUAUCAAGAUACCAAACUCCCGAUUCCCGCUAGUUUAUUUUUGGUGGGCAUCGCAGAUCACAACCAGUUAUCUACGGAUGACGAUGUGGAUGGUGCUACCCGUCUCGUUGCAAUUCAAAAUUAUGAAGUUUUCAGUAGUUAUGAUCCACAUGGCAUUGAUUUUGAUAUAGCAAUAAUUACACUCAAGGAGGCAUUGAAUUUUAAAUUGCAACAAAUAGGCCCCAUUUGUCUCCCUAGUAACAACAAGAGCACAUACGCAGGAGUUAACGCUACUGCUGUUGGCUGGGGCGUUACAAUGGAAUCUGGAACUCACCCGGAUGUUCUGAUGGAAGUUCAAGUUCCCAUCAUCGACCAGGCUUCGUGUGCAAGUAAUGUCAAUGGUUUGACAGAUAAUAUGAUUUGUGCUGGUUUCAAUGAAGGAGGGAAAGACUCCUGUGGAGGUGACUCUGGAGGACCCUUGUCCGUAGUGGAGGAUGGGCGUCACAUCCUGGUCGGUGCAACUUCCUUCGGUGAAGGAUGUGCUCGGCCCCUUAAUCCUGGAGUGUAUGCUCGAGUUAGCCAAUUUCUCUCCUGGAUAAGUGAGCAUACACAGACUGGUAAUUAUUGUCCCUAAUCAUUUUCAUUUUAAAGUACUCGGAAUUAUACUAAACUUAAUGCAUGGCAUGCAUCGCUCUUGUUCAUAUUUCUCUUACAUGCUAAUAUCAUUGAGAAUUAGAAUACCGACGUCUCGUGUGUACGUCUGCUUGCUUGAAAUUGAUGAAAAAUUCAACCAUUUUUAUUGCAAAAUAUAUUUAUUGGUGGUAAUAUUAAAGUGUGGUUUGCUUUGAUAUAUUUGUUGGUUAGAAUAUGAGUAUAAUAUUACAAAUACUUUAGAUCAUGAAUGGUAAAUGGUGUUUUUUUCACAUGCUCAUAACAAUAUUUCAGUGUUUUCAUUGAUUUCUUUCUUAUAAGUAUCAGUGUAUCUGCUAUAAUCACAUUAUGUUGAUGAUAUGUUGUAUUGUGUUUCUAUAUAUGGUUUAAAAGUAAUUAUUUCAUCCUGAGUGCAACAUUUUAUUUAU